AUGUUUUAUUAUUUAUUGAUAAUAAUAUUAUUUUUUAAUAAUAAUAUUUUAACUAAUUGUACCUCACCAUGGUAUUUAACUGAUAAUAUUGAUACAAAAAUAAAUUCCAAUGAAAAAAGUUAUGAAGAUAUUGAAAAUAAUGUUCAAUUUACUGUUAAUCAUAUACCAAUAUCAAUAAAUAAUAUUGAAUGUGAAGAGAAAUGUACUACUACAACAGAUUGUAAACCAGGAUUAUCCUGUUUUAGUACACCAUUCGAGAAUGAAGGAUGUUGUCUGAGGACCUUAAAACCAAAUGAAACAGGUUGCGUAAUAGAUGAUCAAUGUAAAAGAUCUUGUGAAUCAACACAUUGUGAUUUUUCACAAUAUCCCUCCAGAUGUCUAUGUGAUAAGGGACGCCAUUUUCUUUUUAAUAAAUGUUGGAAACAUUGUCCAAGUUUUGCUUAUUCAGAUCCAGUCAUGGAUUCAACAGGUUUUAGUCAAUGUAUCGUCAAAGAAAGUACUAAAAAUGCAAUUUUAUUUAUGAGAAGAUAUUCUAGACAUUUACGAAAUAACUAUUGUUAA